AUGGCUGCCGGCAAUGAUAUUGUUGAGACGUUUGAAAGAGCAGAGAUGCAAGGACAAUUAAAUUGGACUGAAGUGAAUGUGAAUGUUUUCAUCUCUAGAAUUAGCGAUAAUGAGAAUCCGCUGUUUACGGAUACUACAUCUACAGCUGGUGAAGAUAUUUUGCAAAUAGAUUAUUUGGCGCUAAAAAGUGAUCUACUAAACUUGGAAAGAGAUUUGUGUAAGUUAAAACGCACACAAUAUGAGAAAUUUCAUUUGCAAGUAUGCUUGUCUGAGAAAGUAAUACCCCGAGGGCUUAGGGUAUUAAAAAUGCCGGCCCAAGUUGAUUGUGACAUUAGUCUUUUGAGUGAAUGGCAACAACUUAACUUGUCUACCAGUUUGGGUUAUUUAAAAUUGCUAAUAGCAUCAGCAACAAGACAAGAAGUAGUUUUGCUUGAGACUAUAAAGAGCAAGUAUUUAGCACUUUGUAAUAAAUACUGCCCAGUGGUUUUGAAUAAACCAGUGACUGAAACUAUAGACAAUGUUGCUAUAUGUGGUAGAAAAUUGUUACAAACCAAACUAAAUAAACUAUAUAGGGAUCAUAAAGAUUCUUCUGCUGGGAAUAUCUUUACUUGGCCACGAGAUUCCAAUGACCAUUUACGUUCCUCUUCAUGCAAUUUACAGAACAGAGAUGUUUCUAAUGGAGCAGAAGUGCAAUUGGCGAGCAUCAACAUUACACCUGCAACGGAUACACAGGAGGGUGGUUUGAACAAUCAAGGUGCACAGCCGGUACCUUUGAAUUCACCUUGCACUACAGCAGUGACUACCUCUAAUGUAGGUGCAGGGGCGAAAAGGAAGACUUUUACAACAAUGGCAGAAGUGCAUAGAUCUACUGAUGCAGAUUUUCCUGCCUUGUCAAUGUCUCACAACCAGGACAAUGUUACAAACAAUUUUUUUAAUGGGCCUGAAUACUUUGGGCCUAAAUUUUCCUCUUCCUGUGAGGGAGAGAUCAACCUGCAGAAUGAGAGGGGGACAGCAGAAAACCCAACAAAGAGGCAGGAGUUCGACCAGAUACAAAAGGAAAUUGGGCGAAAGUACAACAAGCCCAUUAAUGAUAAAAAAAGCAUUUCAGCAAGUAAGACAUUGAUUGUUAAUCUUUCAAGUUAUUGUUUAACUGACCAUGAAAUGAGUGUAUUUAACAAAGGUCUUGCAUUUAUUCCUACAGGAGAUAUGCAAAUAACAGAUAUUAUAUUUGAUGUUAAGAUGUUCACUCGCAAUAUUACUUUGAAAAGUAUGUUUAAUGGAGCACAGGAACAACAAAUUGACUGUUUUAAAAGGCUGAGUAUUUUUGUGCCUAAACAUAAUGCAUUAGUUAAUGUUUUUAAGCAACUAUGUAUAUCUAACAUCUAUCAGGCAUAUAAUAACAGAUUGAGAAACAAGCGAGCCAUAUUGCUGAGCUCGGUGGGCAGCAAGACAUACAGUCUGAUGAGGAAUUUGUUGAGUCCUGAUAAACCGGGGGAUAAAUCGUUCACGGAGUUGAUGAGCUUGCUUCAGUCACAUUAUAACCCGAAGCCGAGUGCAAUAGUCCAAAGGUUCAAGUUAAAUUCAAGGACUAGAAUGGCCAAUGAAACGGUAACGGAGUAUGUAGCAGUGCUGAGGGAACUGGCGCAACACUGUAAUUAUGGGGACAGACUGACAGAAAUGCUACGAGAUAGGCUCGUAUGUGGCAUUGCAGAUGACCGCAUACAACGCAGAUUGUUAGCGGAGCCUGAGUUGUCGUUUGAAAAGGCCUUGAAGUUGGCACAGGCCAUAGAGACGGCGAAUAAAGACAUUCGUGAUUUACAACCAAAAACCAUCGAAGGGGUGGGAAGCAGGAGUGCUAACCCACUGCCAGUGCAUAAAGUGGUCGGGGAGCAUAAAUCGCCAGGGAAGUAAGGUCAGUAUGCCUGUUACAGGUGUGGCGGAGAACAUCUGUCAAGGAACUGUCGUUUCUUAAAUGAAAAAUGUCAUGCUUGCGGGAAAAAGGGCCAUGUGAAGAAAAUGUGCCGUUCAACGCCCUCUAGGGACCAGCCGAGAAAGGGGGAGGAAAAGAGCAGUAUGAUGGAUAGAAAGGGAAACCGGAAAAUAAAACGGCAGUAUGCACACCACAUGUGUGAAGGUACAAAGCAACACACCAGGGAAGAAGAGGAAGUGUUUACUAUGUUUAACAUGAAAGAGGCAAGGUGGGAAAGAGUCGAUCCCAUCACAACCCAGUUGGACUUAAAUGUCAUGGUGGUAGCAGGUAAUGGACCAAACCUGUUAGGCCGGGCGUGGCUAAAGGAGCUGGAAAUGGGUUGUCUACGGCUCCAUAAAGUAGAACAGCAGGGGCUGGCCUUGCAAGAUGUGCUGGAGAACAACGAAGAAGUGUUCAAAGAGGAACUGGGGACCUGGAGGGGUCCACCAGCAAAGAUACACGUUAAAGAAAACGCAAUGCCAAGAUUUUAUAAACCCCGACCCGUACCAUACGCAAUGAAGAAGAAAGUGGAGACUGAGUUGGAGAGACUCACCAAGCAAGGUAUAAUUGAACCAGUGAAGUUUUCGGAAUGGGCAGCACCAAUUGUUCCAGUAUUAAAGCCAGAUCAUACUGUACGCAUAUGUGGUGACUACAAGCUAACAGUGAACCAAGUUUCAAAACUGGAGCAGUAUCCAUUACCCAAGGUGGAGGAUGUAUUUGAAAAGCUGUCGGGAGGUGAAAAGUUUAGUAAACUGGACCUCAGUCAGGCUUAUCAACAAGUAGUCCUGGAAGAAGGGUCAAAGGCAUAUGUCACUCUUAACACACACAAAGGGCUGUUCCAAGUAAAUCGUUUACCCUUUGGUGUUUCCUCUAGUCCAGCUAUUUUCCAGAGAAUAAUGGAGGGACUGGUGGCAGGAAUUCCGAAGGUGGCUGUGUAUCUGGACGACAUCCUGUUGACGGGUAGGAACAAUGUCGAGCAUCUGGAGACUCUGAACGAGGUGUUAAGGCAACUGCGAGAGGCUGGUUUACGGGUGAAGAGGAGUAAAUGUGUUUUCAUGGCAACGGAAGCAGAGUUCCUGGGUUACAAGGUGGAUGCCUCGGGCCUAUACCCCCUGCCAGACAAGGUAAAAGCCAUCCAAGAGGCACCUGCACCCACAAAUGUUACAGAGCUGAAGGCCUAUUUAGGCUUACUCAACUAUUAUAACAGGUUCCUACCAAAUCUGUCAACGCUGUUAGCUCCUUUACAUAAACUGUUAAGGAAGGAGACCCUGUGGACGUGGCAGGAGGAACAAGACAAAGCGUUUGAGCAGUCCAAGGAACUAAUGCAGUCUUCAGAGGUUUUGGUGCACUACGAUAGUCACAAGGACUUAAUUUUGUCAUGUGAUGCCUCACCUUAUGGGUUAGGGGCCGUGUUGGCACACCGGAUGCCAGAUGGACAAGAAAGACCCAUUGGGUUCAUGUCACGAACCUUAACACCAGCGGAGUCAAACUAUUCUCAGCUAGACAAAGAGGGUUUGGCUGUAAUGUUUGGAAUUAAGAGGUUCCACAAAUACCUCUAUGGCAGGAAGUUUACUGUGUGCACCGAUCAUAAGCCUUUGUUGUCACUUUUCAACGAGAUGAAGGCCGUGCCUCAGAUGGUUUCUCCCCGCAUUCAGAGAUGGGCUGUAACAUUGAGAGCUUAUGAAUAUGAGAUUGUUUAUAAGCCCGGGAAACACCAUAGCAAUGCGGACGCGCUGAGCCGUCUGCCGCUACCGGGGCCUCUCCAGCGAGAGGAAACGGAGGACCGAAUGUUGAUGAUGGAGGACAUCACGUUGGUGUCAGUGAAGGAAUUGAGCGAAUGGACACGAAAAGACCCGGUGUUGGCUCGAGUGUUUCAGUGGGUCCAGCAAGGCUGGACGACACAACAACCUGAUCCAGUUUUCCGGCCUUAUGAGGUGAGGAAAACAGAGCUGAGUAUGCAAGAUGGAUGCGUGUUGUGGGGGGCACGAGUGAUAAUUCCGCCCCCAGGAAGACGUGCACUUUUACAACAGCUGCAUCAGGGUCAUGUGGGCAUCACCCGAAUGAAGGCCUUAGCACGAAGUUAUUUCUGGUGGCCAAAGUUGGACCACGACAUUGAAGUCGCUGUGAAAGAGUGUAAAACCUGUCAGCAACAUCGCAACUUACCUGUGGCGGCACCACUACACCCAUGGGAGUGGCCGAGUAGACCUUGGCAGAGACUUCAUAUAGACUAUGCAGGGCCUUUUAUGGGGGCAAUGUUUUUGAUAAUAAUGGAUGCUCAUUCUAAAUGGAUGGAUGCUUACCCAGUCAAAACACCCACUUCCACCACUACCAUUGAAUGCCUGAGGAAGAGUUUUAGUAGCCAAGGAUUACCAGAGACUAUUGUAUCAGAUAAUGCUUCAUGUUUCUCGAGUGAAGAGUUCAAGGGUUUCCUGGAAAAAAAUGGCAUUGUACACGUCACAUCAGCACCAUACCAUGCGGCUUCAAAUGGCUGUGCUGAAAGGGCUGUCCAGACCUUUAAAGCGAUGGUGAAAAAGGCUGGAGACGGAAGUAUGGCAGCCAAAGUAUCAAGGGUGUUAUUCAACUACCGCAUUACACCCCAGUCUACCACGGGAUUGUCCCCUGCCGAGAUGUUGCAAGGACGGAGAUUAAGAUCAACCUUGGAUCUGGUGCAUCCAAACAUCCGAGCUAAGGUAGAGAGGAUACAGUGGAGGCAAAAAGAACAUCAUGAUCGACGACGGAGGGAGAGAAGUUUCCUGGAGGGAGAUGCAGUGAUGACGCGAAACUUCAGUUAUGGACCUAAAUGGAUUCCAGGGUUUAUUGUCAAGAGCACGGGUCCCCUGUCGUACCAGGUGAGGUUGAAUGGAGGUUUAGUGGUGAGGAGACAUGUGGACCAGAUUCUGCGGAGUGCGCAGGAGAAGGACUCCAUGGAACUGCAAGCCCCGGAAAUACCGUUAGUUUCGGGAGAAGGGCUCGCAGCGGCAGGAGGAUCUCCGAUCUUGGGGGUUGAGGGAGACCGCCGGGACUCGGAAGGAGAGGUUCCGGAGGACCCAACUGUUCCAGGGAUGGACACACCGGUACCAGAGGUGGUAACUGUGACAUCGGAGUCACCUAGGGUGGUACCAUUGCGCCGUUCUAAGCGGGCACUGGUUAAACCUAGUUACUUGAAGGACUAUCAGUGUUACAAUUGCAUGUCUAGCUUAAAAGAGCAACCUAACUCGAUUGUAGGGUAA